AUGAAACUUUUUAUCAUAUUCUUGGUUCUUCUACUCCUGGUAGAUCAAAAAACCUGCGCACCAGUCGCAAAUUCCACGUAAGCUUCAAAAUUCCACGUGGAUCCUAACACAUAAGUUUAAGGGUCUCGAUUGGAACAACUACAGUACCCUCAGUUUCUUCAUCGUCAGAAGAGUUAUUCGAAAUCGAUACAGUAGUUUUGGGACCGGACGGAAUUCCCAUCGAGACCAUUCGCGAUCAGAUUUUCCAAGAUCCUGAAAAUCCAGAAAUUCUGGAUGUGAAAGAAGAUGUUGUGUAUCUUGAUUGA